AAGGCAUUAGACAUUUUGAGGAAGAUUUAGGAAGGCAUUAGAAAUUUUGAGCAAGAUUUAGGAAAACAUUAGACAUUUUGAGCAAGAUUAGGGAAGGCAGAAUGACUGGCAUUUGAGACCAGGAUUAACAGAAACUGCUAUUUAAGGCAGGAAGAAUGUUUCCAAGUCAGUUUCGACUUCAGUUAUUAUAGCAACAAUACAUAUAGUAAUCUACUUCUACUACUAAAGAGGCCAAGUGAUCCAGAUAGUGAACAACAGGAUGCCGGCGCCAUCCAGGCCAUGUAUAGAGUGCAAGAGGACAGUUCGUCCAAAGCAAGACUCUCUGACCUGUGCAGUAUGCUCUGGAAGACAACACAGAACUUGCAGUCCUCUAUUUUCAAGAGAAGAGUAUUGGUCCAUGAAGCGUAAUGGGGACCUUAUCAUGUGGAGAUGCAACAAUUGUCAACACCGCAACCUAGAGGACCUGCUUAAUAGUGCCAGUGAAAUUUCACAGGGGACGAAUUCAUCAAUAGGAGUUCCUGCCGCAGAGAGCACUGCGAUACAACACGAAUUGGGUGAGACCCAUGUCACACCACCAUCCCUGCAAGAAUAUAGCGUACAAAUCCCGAACAUUACAG